AUGUCCCAUCUUCUCAUAGUGGGUGAUAAAUCUGAUCAUAACCCUGCCAAAGCUUUCCAUCCUGCUUACACAAUUACAAACACACAAAACAAGAUUCGAACUUUCGAUGGUACCAAGGUUUCGUACUCAUCAUGGGUUUGGUUAUUCAAGCUCCACGCCAAAGGCUACAAAGUUCUUGCCCAUAUCGACGAAAUUGAUGCUAUUGUCUUACAAUGGAUUUACGGGACAAUAUCCGAUGACCUCCUUGUUAGGGUUCUUGAACCGGAUUCCAUUGCAUAUGAAACAUGGUCCAAAAUACAUAACAUCUUCCUAAAAAACAAAGGAUCUCGUGCUGCUGCACUUGAAAACGAAUUCGACAUCCUGACCCUUCGAGCCAUGUCGUCUCUAGAAGCCUAUUGUCAAAGCCUCAAAGAUUUGGCACGUCAACUAAACGAUGUUGAUUUCCCGGUGAAUGAGAAUUGUCUGGUUCUUCAAGUCAUUUAUGGUUUACCUUCUGAAUUUGACAUAGUAGGAGCUUACCUAAACUAA